GUAAUUUAUUGGUAAUUUCUGUUUGGCAUUUAUGGAAUUUUCUAUAAGAUAGUAAAUGUAUCUUCUAACUUGGGUGUAGCACAAAAUGCAGACUAAUACGAAUUUAUUGUAAUAUAUUAUUUUAUGUAAUGAUUGAAAGAUUUCUACGAAAUGAUUAGUGUACUGAAUGAGAUUUCUACGAAAUGAUUAAUGUACUAAAUGAGUAUAAUUGACAUAUGAUUCUAAUAACCGUAUGUGAGUCGUAUACAUAUGUGUAUAAAAUUUAGAAAUGGCAACUGGAGGUAGUAGUUUUAUAAGUAAGCCAGCCAGAGGAUGGUUACACCCUGAUCACUUAGUGAGUAAAGAAGGAAUCACUUAUACUGUCAAAGUGGAUAGGAAAGUGUUAAGAGCAAUUGCUGAUAAACCUCGCAUGGAACAUACAGGUGCUACAAUAAAUUUGACUAUUAGUAGUUGCAGUUUAGCUUUGACUAACAUAGAGACUGGACAUAUUAUUGCUAAACAUGAAAUGCCACGUAUAUCUUUUGCUUCAGGUGGAGAUACGGAAAUACUAGAUUUCGUAGCGUAUGUUGCUAAAAAUAUGCAAGAAUGGCGUGCUUGUUAUGUAUUAGAAUGUGGAGGAGGUCUAGCACAAGAUGUUAUAUCCACUAUUGGACAAGCUUUUGAAUUACGAUUUAAAGAAUUUCUUACAAAACCGGCUUCAUUACACCCUAUGUUAAAUGGAAUGCGAGAAGCAGAUAGAGAUUAUUAUAAUGAUCUACCAGGCAAAGUACCACCAGAUAUUGGUCCUCCACCAGUUCCACCUUUACCAAUUACGGCAUCAACACUACCUAAUUUAAAACAUCAUCACUCUGCUCAAAAUCAUGUGUCACGCAACAAUAUACAAAACUCUGUAUUACAUGAUACGUUUUCGAAUUCUGAUAGACAUCAUCAACAAUGGGCAGAAAGUGGUAACUUAAUUGAUCUGAAUUCUGAUGAAACAUCAACAAAUUUUAAUAUUCCUCCUGAACAUAAUUACGUAAAUGACAGUGUUAUAGCAGCUACCAGAGAAAGUCACCGUGAUCAAACACCGCUUUUCGAUGUAUUUGAUAUGCAGCCAUUUAGUUCUGCGAUAUCAGAUAUGAAUAGAUUAAGUCCACAUUCUCAAAAGCAACAAUUAAAGCAAGAGAUUUGGUUCCAUGGUAGUGUUAGUCGCGCUGAAGCAGAAUCAAUGCUAACAAGAGAUGGUGAUUUUUUGGUUCGAGAAUCUCAAGGCUCGCCUGGACAAUAUGUCCUUACUGGUAUGAAUAAUGGUACACCGAAACAUUUACUAUUAAUUGAUCCAGAAGGAGUAGUUCGCACAAAAGAUCGUGUUUUUGAUAGCGUUAGUCAUUUAGUAAACCAUCAUUGUGACAAUGUAUUACCAAUUAUAUCAGCAGACAGUGUUUUAGUACUUCGAUAUCCAAUUCCCAGACGAAGUGUGAAUAAUUAAUAUUUACAAAACUAUAAUAGUAUACUAAAAAUCGAAUAAGAUUCACACUUGGUAUCGGUCAAUCCCACUAAUAUUUGCAAAAAAAAGUCUGCACUGAAUAUGAUGCUUUUCAUAGCAAAAAUUUUAUGUCAUGAACAUCUUUCUUAAGAAAGGAAAGAAUGAAAAAUGACUUAUUCUAUUCUUACUAAUAGAAAGACUUAAUAUUUGAUAAAAUAGCAUCUUAUAAUUAUUAGUGUUAUCAUAAUGCAGAGAGAAGUGUUGAAUCGUAAUACAAAAUUCAAAAAAUUAUUAUUAGAUGUUAAAUUACGAUUAAUGUGUAAAAUUUUUUAUCAAAAUAUUUGUAUGCAUCAAUUUUUUUGUAAAAUAGUAUAUGUAUAAAAAAUAGUAAUAUUUACAAUAUUUUUUCUUAAUUUAUUAAAUUGAAUUUUUUAAUGUUACAUAACAUUUCGACAAUUCCAAUAUACUUAUGAUAAAUAUAAAUUUUGCUUUUCAUUAAAUAUAACAUCCAACAUAAAAUAUAUCAGUGCUACAACUCUCGUAUAUUAGAUAAAAAUUUUUUAAUCCAUUAGAAUUAAUUAUUCAAUUCAAUUUGAUAUUAAACGAAAUAUAAUUGUUUUAUUCGAUUUAAAUUCUUACUAAGAUUCAAAAAGAAAUCUUAUGCUAUUGUUACAUUUCAAAGUGUGCCACAAUUUAAUUUUCUAGUGAAGGUCUAGUAUUCACUACUAAAUACAAUGAAAUUAUACAUUUUUAAUUUUACACAUAAUUCUAUCAUGUAGAUCGUGGCUUUUAUAAAAAGAUGUUUUUAUAAUCUAAUUUUAUAAAACUCGUAAAAUAAUUAUGCGCAUAAAUUAUACACUCAUAUACACAACACAUAUAUAUUUUUACGAAUUUUGUAACGUCCUAAUAAUAUGAUAUUUUCAUUCCAUAUUUAUGAAAUAAUCUUUGUUUGUAAUCUCG